AUGGACGACAUCUGGAGCGACACGGAGAUGAGCGAGACAUCGUUUACCACUACCGAAUCAUCACCGCCGCCAUCUCCCAUCCUGACAGACUACCAAAACAACCUCAUCGCCACCUACGCUUUCCACAGCGAUAGCAUCAGCGACCUCAUGAACAUCGCUGUCGACCUUGAAAUCAGCGUGCGCCGCGAGCGCGACGAACCGAGCCUCCCAUAUCUCACCGAGGAUUUGGAAAAGACACGAGGGGAGCUGGUGUUGCACAGGGACGCGAAGCGCAGGAUUGAGAGGAACCUGAAGAAGGAGAAGGAGAGGUUGAAGAUGGUGGUUGGAAAUGGGUCAAUCAUGGCGAAGCAACAGUUGAACGAGAUGGCUCGUUAUAUGGAGGUGGACAAGACGAUUGAGUGUCUACGCUGA